AUGCCAGUUCUGUUCCCCAUUGGUUUGGCUGUAGGUGUUUUAUCUGCGCCGGUAAUUGGGUAUUUGGCUGUCGACAAAAUCCGGAACGAAAGACAUUUGAAGAGCAAUUCCUGCGAAGUCCUGACAGAUCUAUCCAAACAGUUCCUUCAGGAAAACAUUGAGAACGGAAUUUCCAAUCUAGUUUCGCUAGAAUUCGCGGAUGAGAAGAAACGCAUAUUUAGUAUCAAUAGUUGCUAUCAGAAGCUGGUUGAAAAAUAUGAGAGGAAAUGCAAGGAUCUCACCAAAAGCGAAAAUGAAGAAACACGAAAAGGAACUGUCGAGAAACUUAGUCCUUUGUACGCAAAGCUUGAGGAAAUAAGUCAAGACCUAACCAUUGACGCCAUUCAACAUGGCAUAAGUGUGAUGUCCCCUUCCUACGCAAUCGACAGAAGGAAUCUUCAAUACAACGAGAGACCAAGAAAUAAACUUGGAAAAGGUACUUAUGGCGAGGUUUACAAGGGAAAGCUAAGUCUUCCGGGGCAUAAAAGAAGAGAAGUAGCUGUCAAAAAGCUAAACGACACUCCUCAGGCGUCAAACGUUUCUUCCUUCCUAGAAGAAGCAGAUAUACUAAUGUAAGUGAGUUUCUUCAGUUGAAAACCUUCUUCGUACCCGAAUCAACAUGCCUGUGCAACAAAGCAUUAGGGGUGGCGAAUGGUAAAAUCCGAGACUCGCCGAGACGCCGAGAUCCUAGUUAGAAAAUCCGAGCCCGAGACUCUUUGGUAAAAAGUUUUGAGACUCAUAAAAGUAAAAACAAACCAUGCAGAAACGAUACUUCGAGACUUAUCAAAAACGCUUCCGAGAUUUCGAGAUCCUGCCAAAAUUUUCCGAGACCCACGUUUUCGAGGUACCAUUCGCCACCCCUAGCAUUAGCAGGCGUUACGAAAAGGCUAGAAUGGAGAAAUGGCAAUCGAGGCUGUCCUUCGUGUUCUCAAACGCCAACAUUCCUACCUUUUUGACUGCCAGCCACCUAAUGUUCGAUUUUGUUUUAAGACUUAAAAUAGAACUAAGCUUUCUGGGGAGAAUGGCAAGUUCGUUCCUUGUAAAAGUAGUUUCUGCACCACGUAAGAAUUAUCAAGUGUGACUAUUGGGUUGCUUCUAAAACAAGUUUGAUAAAUGAUCACAUUUACCUUUUAUUAAGUUUACCUCGAAGUUAAGGGAGAUAAAAAUAUAAUUUUUUGCAGGCAACUAAAACACAACCAUAUAGUGGCGUUCUAUGGAGUAGUUAUGGAUGUCCACAACGACCAGCUAAGUUUCUUGGCCCUCGUCUUCGAGUUGUGCAAUGCAAGUCUCAAGAAUCACAUCUUCAAAGACAAGAAAAAUGUACCGUGGGAGACAAAGAGCGCAGCAGUUAACACAUGCCAAUGGGGCAGUGACAUUUUAGAUGCCCUGAAAUUCAUUCACAGCAAGAAAAUCGUUCAUCGGGAUCUCAAGCUUGAUAAUGUCUUAGUAAGCCAUUUCAGUUACUUCUUCCUUAUAAGGUCAAACCGUGGACGCAAUCACCGACUGGCCUUCCAGUGUACAGUGCUCCUUUUUUACACUGAAACCGUGUUGUAGAGCUGACCUCAAUACGGUCAUAAUAAUAAGCGGUUUCACGAAAACGGGUAUCGCUUCCCUCUCCUCCCCUCCAUGUUGAAUUGGUUUCAAGGGUUUGCUUGGGCGGGAAGUGUUUCAACAAUAAAUUAUAACUGCCAAUGUAGGUAGGUUUUUUUACUGAAUCUUUAUGUCAAAGAUGUCGUUUAAAAUGCUGCUAGUGAAAUAGACCUUGUGCUCGUUUUGUUCAGUGAGUUGCUUUUACCUAGUUUGUGGCGCAAUAUUGUAAAUUGUAGUGGAGUCCUACACGGAGUGCACUCAGCGGCACCGGCGAGCUACAAGGGAAAGUUUACCAGGCCUGAAUCUACCACCCAAAGUCAUGUUCCAUCGGGGGUCAAUUUUUCCAUCAAACUGCAAUGAGAGCCACUAACAUUUAUCCAUUUCAAUUUGCAUAAAAAUUAUUUUUGCCUGAUUGUUGCUUAACGCUCACUUAUAGAUAACCAAAGACGAGCAAAUCAAAGUGGCAGACUUGGGGCUGGCCACCAUUAAAAACCAGAUCACAGGAACAUACUGUGGCACACCACUGUACAUGGCUCCAGAGAUAAGCCCCGAAAAGAAAAUCUACGACACCAAGGUGGACAUGUACAGCUUCGGAUUGAUGAUGUGGGAAAUGUGGUUUGGUGAAAGAUUUCCUUAUGAAUGGAUCUCCAGGAGUCAAGACGAGGUUACCCGACAAAUAGAGGUGAAGAAACAAGAACUCAAAGGCAGACGCUACUCUCCUCCUGCAAAAUGGAUCGAGUUGAUGGUGUCCCUUUGGGAGUCUGAUCCAUGUGUGAGGAAAACCGCGAUGGAAAGUCAAGUCUUGAUAAAGGAAAUUAAAUUGUUCGUGAAGGAGUCCGAGUGA